UAUGAUUGAUUAUCCAAUAUUUUUGUCAACAACUCAGAGGCGCUAAAAAUAACACAACCCCCUGGCAACUACUAUGAAAGAUUCCCCCGUUUAUGGAGUGAUUCUGAAUCACAGUGAAGGCCAGGGAGGCACUUCGAUAGAAAGAUAUUUGUGAGGCCACUUGUAUCUAUAAAGUGAUAACAAACUCAAUUACGUAUCACCUAAUUAUCGACCACACUUUUGUGAUUUAAAUGCCUUGGUUGGCUUCUGUUCGCGUCUCAGUAACGAACGAACCAACGAACGAUCCACUCCCUCCACCGACUUUCGAUAAAAGAAAACAAAAUGAGUGGAACGCAAAUCACCUACGUGACUGAGGGCCCUCAGCCCCCCAGGGAGGUCAUCGUAGUGGCCACUGCACCACCACCAGAGCCUCCAAAACCACCAAAUCCUACUGUAAGAGUCACUCCUUCAAGGAAUUACUUCCAAAGAAAUAGACAGAUGUGUGUCCAAAAUGCAGUUUUCUUCCUCCUCAUCUAUGGAGGGAUGGACAUGGCCGACAGCUUGGGCUGGAACCAGUCCUAUAGUUUCCUGGUUACGUCAGACUUCUCAUACAGCUGGUUCAUAGGAUUCAUUAUUGGAGCUUUGGGCUCAUCCGUUACUAUGAUGUCCAUUCCCAAGGUGGCCUACUACGUUCUAGGCGGCGUCUUGGAACUCAUCGCCUCCAUUAUCGUCACCGCAGUACCCAAUGAUAACGAAUCCAUUCUAGCCGCCAGGUACUUGGGCGGCGUGGGCAUCGGCCUGAUCACAGUGCCGUUCCUCAUCCACAAUGCCGAGGUUUCCCAAGUCAAUAACCGUGGCGUCGGAGCCGGAAUGGAGCAGGCGGGAAUAACCAUUGGAAUUUCCUUCCAGGCGUGGUUCUCCACCGAAUGGGAGAGCGUGGGCUUGUCGCCUAGUCUGGUACAUGGCAUCGUCGGCAUAGUGUUCAGUGUAGUGGGUCUGCUCCUGUGCCUUCUUGUGGUGGAAUCGCCUGUCUUCCACUUGAAGCAGAGCCACGAGGAGAAGGCGCGUCAGUGCCAGAAGCAGCUGAGUCCCGCCUCGGCAACAAAGGACCUGGAGGAAAUCAAGAUCUAUGUGGCAGAGAGCCAUAGCCGAAGCUUGUUGGAGGAUCUUCUGGGAUCUGUGCUGCCCUUCAUCAAGAUGCUCUUCUUCCGCUGCUUCGUGGCCUUCUCUGUCUCGUUGCCGCUGGUCAGAUCCUUUGUGAUGAGCAGCCGGUUGGCCAUUGGCUACUUCUACGCCUGGCCGAUGUACGUCUGGGCCGCCCUGCGCGUCAUCGGCGUCCUGGUAGGCCUGAUGUGUCUGGACUUGGUGGGCCGCAAGGCUGCGUCUCUAGUGGGACUCCUUUGCAUGGCCGGCCUGAUGCUGGGCCUGGCCGGCAUUUAUGGAAACAUCACCAACUGGUACUCCAUGGCAUCGGCCUCCAACGUCGGCCUGGCCUUCCAGGUGUUUGCCGGACUCUAUGUCUGCUCCACCUCGACCUACCUGGGGGAAGCCUUCCCGCUGCGUCUGAAGCCCUUCCUCGUCGGCUUCAUCGUCUGCAUGGAGCAGGUGGUCCACCUCAUCGUCCUUGCCUGCAUGACCACUAUAGACUCUGAGGUGUACUUUCAGUACUUCCUGGCCGUGGGCAUAAUCAUGGUAGUGUUCCUCAUACUCUUUGCUGUAACCAUGCCGGAGACGAGACGGACUACCCUUCGAGAAUCCGGAAAACGUUUCCAGCAACUACUUUAUAUAAGGAUGAUAUAAGCCUGGUCAGGAAGUACUCUUCAUUGGUGACUUAUA